AUGGCCCAAAGACGCGGUCACGGAUGGAAGGAGAAGUCCUCCUUCCCGCUCACGUCGGCGAUGACGGACACGAGCAAGCCGGAGCAGCGCCAGCUCGAGAACGUCGACUCCGCCGGUGACGCCCCCAAGCCGAGCCAGGAGACGUACACGGAUGCCAAUAUGAAGCGAAGGGACUCGCACAAGCCCGAUCUGAUCGCGAAUACGACCGCGCGACUCGCCAACCCCCUCCAGGACCUGACUGAGGCGGAAGUGAUUCAGCAGGCCGAGGAGUUUGCGCGCGCCAACAACCUCCCCGUCGAUGAGUUCCGCAAGGGAGCCCUCAUUGCCAAGUCCCCGCACAAAUGGGAGCGCAUGCAGACCCUCACGGAGGAGGAACGCCAGGCGCUCUACAACGAGACACACCACAUCUACAAGCAGCCCAAGACGCUGUGGAACCUCGUGAUCGCGUGCUCCGUCGCCGCUGCCGUGCAGGGGAUGGACGAGUCGGUUAUCUCUGGCGCCCAGCUCUUCUACCCCGAGCAGUUUGGUAUCUCCCCAGAACCCUCCAUCGCCGGCGCCCAGGCAGGCCGCAACCAGUGGCUCGAGGGUCUCGUCAACGGCGCUCCCUACCUCUGUUGCGCCGUCUUUGGCUGUUGGUUGACCGACCCCCUCAACCACUUCCUGGGCCGACGUGGUACAAUCUUCGUCACUUGCUUCAUCUCGUUCGCUACCUGUAUCUGGAGUGCGUGCACCAACACUUGGUGGCACUUGUUCAUCGCCCGUUUCUUCCUUGGAGUCGGAAUCGGCCCCAAGUCCUCGACCGUGCCCAUCUUCGCCGCCGAGUCGGCCCCAGCCUCCAUCCGUGGUGGCAUGACCAUGCAGUGGCAGAUGUGGACUGCGUUCGGUAUCAUGCUGGGUUACGUCGCAGACUUGGCCUUCUUCUACGUCCCCGUGCACAAGCCGGGCAUCACGGGUCUCAACUGGCGUCUCAUGCUGGGCUCUGCCGGUUUCCCCGCCCUCAUCGUGAUGUGCCAGAUGCCCUUCUUGCCCGAGUCGCCCCGUUGGCUCAUGGGCAAGGGCAAGUACAAGAAGGCGUACGAGUCCAUGCUGCGCCUGCGAGGUAACCGCGUCACGGCUGCACGCGACAUCUACUACAUGUUCGUGCUCCUCAAUGAGGAGGAGUCGAUCGUGCGCGGGCACAACCGUUUCCUCGAGCUGUUCACCAUCGGCCGUAACCGCCGCGCCGCCCAGGGUGCCGCCAUUCUCAUGUUCGGUCAGCAGUUCUGCGGUGUCAACGCCAUCGUCUACUACACCGCGAGCAUCUUCACGAAUGCAGGCUUCUCGCAGAUCGAUGCUCUCCUCGCCUCGUGGGGAUUCGGUAUGCUUAACACUAUCUUCGCCAUCCCUACCAUCUUCAUCAUCGACAGGUUCGGCCGUCGCCCCUUGCUCCUGGUAACUUUCCCGAUCAUGUCGCUACUACUGCUGUUUACCGGAUUCUGUUUCUGGAUCCCCGAGUCAUCGCCUGCGCGUAUCGGUCUAGUCGCAACAGGCAUCUACCUGUAUACGAUUGCGUACUCGCUCGGCGAAGGUCCUGUUCCAUUUACGUACAGCGCCGAGGUGUUCCCUCUGUACGUGCGUGAGCUCGGCAUGUCGCUCGCGACCGCGAUCUGUUGGCUGUUCAACUUCAUCGUCGCCCUUACGUUCCCUCGUCUCCUGGACGCAUUCCAUCCGCAAGGAGCGUUCGGCUGGUAUGCUGCCUGGUGCGCCGUUCUUUUCCUUUUGGUCCUCUUCUUCCUUCCCGAGUCGAAAGGACUCACUCUGGAGGAGCUGGAUCAGGUGUUCAGUGUCCCGACUGCGGUUCAUGCGAAGUAUCAGCUCAAAUGGAUGGGAAACGGCGUCAAGAAGUAUGUUUUGCGCCGCAAGGUUCAGCCCAUGCAGCCCCUCUACCGCCGCGACGACGAGGACGAACUCGACGAUGGGCCUCUCACCGUCGGCCCGGACGGAAAGCCCCUCUCCAAGGCCCAAAUGCAGAUGCAGGAGAAGUCGCCUGCUGGACACUACGAGCGUAUGUCCGCCGACACGGCCAAUUAUGCCUAG